AUGGCCAGUCUCACAAGACCCCUCCGACUUCUUUCCUCUCGAUAUCUCCCUCUGCGGCUGUCUUCUCCUCAGAAGCGAUUCAUCGGAAUUCCCCCCGCAUUUCUGCUCGACGAAUACAUCCCACGCUAUCAACUUCACACCUCGGUUGAUUCGGCGAAGAAACGUUCGCGAGCCUAUGCGCAUCUCCAAGAAUGCAAUCUUUGUCCGCGUCGCUGUGGUGUGAAUCGGUAUGAGGAGACAGGAACGUGUCUAAUCGGCGCCGAAACGGCCAAGGUCAAUGUCAUUGCGCCGCAUCGCGGGGAAGAACCGUGUAUCCAGGGAUAUCAUGGGAGUGGAUCAGUCUUCUUUUCGGGGUGUAAUCUACGGUGUGUGUUUUGUCAGAAUCAUGAUAUCGCCCACCAACGAAAUGGUUUCGAUUUGACCCCCGAAGAAUUAGCGGAUUGGUAUAUCAAACUUCAGCAGGUCGGAAAUGUACACAAUAUCAAUCUGGUUACGCCUGAGCAUGUGGUUCCACAGGUUGCGCUAUCCAUCUUAGCUGCUCGUGAUAUGGGGUUGAAAAUCCCCAUCAUCUACAACACAUCGUCUUUUGACUCUCUUGAAUCGCUAGAGCUCUUAGAUGGUCUAGUUGACAUCUACCUGCCUGAUUUCAAGGUGUGGAAGAAUAGCACCUCGAAGCGCUUAUUGAAAGCCGACAACUACACCGAGACCGCGAUGGAAAGCAUCAAGGCCAUGCACGAACAAGUGGGCGACUUAUCUUUCACAUCUGAUGGUAUCGCCAAGAAAGGCGUUUUGCUGCGGCAUCUGGUCAUGCCCGGCAAGGAAGAUGAAGGCCGGGAGAUUAUGCGCUGGCUGGCCGAGAACGUCUCCAAGGAUCUCUACGUGCACAUAAUGGAGCAAUACCAUCCCGAUGCGCAUGUGGGCAAGAAGAAACGAGUCGUCAAGGAUAGUAAUGGCGAGGAGAAAGGAGAGGUAAGAUAUGCUGAGAUCAACCGUGCAGUUCGUGAUGAAGAACUUGGCACCGUCAAGGACGCCGCGCUGGCCGCUGGUCUAUGGAGGUUCUGUGAAGUCAAUGAGCAUGGUGGAUUCCACUUGUGA